GCAGAGAAUACAGUUCUGUACACAGCAGCCGCAUAGCUAGUCCCAACGUCAUACGGGAGGGAGAGAGGCUGAGCCGGAACAAAUGGAAGCGAUAGAGGAUUAAACAGGAUUCUGGGGAAAGGGCAGAGGAAUUUCCUCUCCCGACUCACUUAUGGGAGGACGAUGGCGUCGGUGGAUGCUCUUCCGCUGUUUCGAGGGUCGAAGCGGCUCCUGGCAGGUUCUGCAGCAAUUUUUUAAAUGAUAAUGAAACUAACCCAUUAAUGUGAAUCUUAUAGACAAAGAGGAUGCCAAGAAGUGCACUCUGGACAACAGACAAUGAGAAGCAGCAUUAAAAUGCAAAACAAACAAUCAAUCAAAAUCUUUUCCAUUGCCUCCAGAAAGUGUUAAAACUCUUCUCUUUCCUCAGCUAACAGAGAUAAGGGAGAGAAUAACAGGAACAGAGUUUUCAGGUAGAAAAAAUAGAUUAUGUGGAACUCAAGGACAUAUUGCAUAAAAAGGUAAAAUGAUAUAAUUACCAAAUUCAGAAAAAGGGGGAAAUAGCUGGACAUCAGUGGGAAGGAAAAAGUCCCUUGGAUAGCUAAAGGCAUUAAUGAAAGACUUCGAGGAAGGAAAGAGUGUCUUGAAAUCAAAGCACCACCAGAUAAGGGAUCAGAAAUAUUUUUGACCUCCUCAUCAGAAUAUCAAUGUUCGGCAAAAAAAAAAAAAAAAAAAGCCACAGAUUGCCUAUUUUGGCAAAAACAGAGAUUGCAGAUCUCAUCUGAUUUAUGCAUAAAUCAAUCCACCUCAUGAAAAGCCACACAAAUGCUUGCAGUGCAGCAAAAGCUUUACCCAGAACAGCAGUCCCAUGAUUCAUAUAAUGACCAAUGCAGGAGGAACCGCUCUACCAGUGUUCCCAAUGUGGUAAAAGAUUUAGCAUACAAACCAAUCUGGUGAGACACAAGAGUACUCGCACUGGGGAGAAACUCUUUAAAUGACCGGUUUGUAGGAAAAUUUUCACUUGGAAUUCUGGCCUGGUGAUACACCAGAGGUUUCACACUGGAGAAAAAACAUAUGAGUGUAUUGUGUGAAAGGUUUCAGUCAGAAUUCCAAGCUGGUGAUACACCAGAGGGCUCAAACAGGAAUAAAACCAUAUGAGUGUCCGGAUUGUGAGAAAACAUUCAGUCACAAAUCCCACCUGGUGAAACAUCAGACAACGCUCAUGGAAGAGAAACCAUAUGAGUUUUCAGAUUGUCAGAAUUCCAAACUGGUGAGACAAGAGAGGGCUCACAUGGGAGAGAACCCAUAUGAGUGUCUGGAUUGUGGGAAAAGUUUCAGUCAGAAUUCCAAGCUGGUGAGACACCAGAGGACUCACACGGGAGAGAAACCAUAUGAGUGUCAAGAUUGUGUGAAAAGUUUCAAUUGGAAUUGGGAUCUUGUGGUACACCAGAGGAUUCACACAGGAGAGAAACCAUAUAAGUGUUCUGAUUGUGGGAAAAGUUUCAGUCACAAUUCCACCCUGGUGAUACAUAAGAGGACUCACACGGGAGAAAAGCCAUAUGAAUGUCCGGAUUGUGGGAAAAGUUUCAGUCAGAAUUACAACCUGGUGAUACACCAGAGGAAUCACACGGGAGAGAAACCAUAUAAGUGUUCUGAUUGCGGGAAAGGUUUCCAUCGGAAUCCUGACUUGGUGAUACACAAGAGGAGACACACAGGAGAAAAACCAUAUGAGUGUCCGGAUUGUGGGAAAAGUUUCAGUCACAAUUCCACCCUGGUGAUACACAAGAAGACUCACACGGGAGAAAAACCAUAUGAAUGUCCAGAUUGUGGGAAAAGUUUCAGUCACAAUUCCAACCUCGUGAUACACCAGAGGAAUCACACGGGAGAGAAACUGCAUGAGUGUCCAGAUUGUGGGAAAAGUUUCAAUUGGAAUUCUGAACUUGUGGUACACCAGAGGAUUCACACAGGAGAGAAGCCAUAUAAGUGUCCUGAUUGUGGGAAAGACUUCCAUCGAAAUUCUGACUUGGUGAUACACAAGAGGACACACACAGGUGAAAAACCAUAUGAGUGUCCAGAUUGUGGAAAAAGUUUCAGUCACAAUUCCAAUCUGGUGAUACAUGUGAGAACUCACACAGGGGAAAAACCGUAUGAGUGUCCGGAUUGUGGAAAAAGUUUCAGUCACAAUUCCAGCCUGGUGAAACACAUGAGAACUCACACAGGGGAAAAACCGUAUGAGUGUCCAGAUUGUGGGAAAGAUUUCAGUACUAGAUCUAGCCUUACAAAACAUGUAAGGUUACACAUAGGGGAGUAACCAUUCAAAUACCCAGAUUGCGGACAGUUUUUGACACAAAAUUCCUCCCUUAUCACAAGAAAUUCCACAUGAGAAAUUAACACAUGAUCUGUGCAGAGGAAUAUUGAAUUUCAUUUCUUGUUUCUUAUUGGAAGCUCAGCUGAGAAAUAAUUUAAUUUCUUGCAUGAUUUUGUUUAGUCAAGCAAAACAUGAGGGAGGAGAUCUGGACCUCCUUUGGCCCAGUGUGGUCGUUCCCUUUCAUGGUGUCGAGGGGAACCGCUGUGCUGGGCCAAAGAAAGCGAGCUUAGAUCUGUAUUAUGUAUGUUUGCCAUCUUGAGUUAUGUCUACAUAUAAUAAAUGGGGCGGUUGUACAUUUAGUAAGAAAAUGUAUAUGGCAACCCAACUCAUGGUGACUCCACAUGAUUUACAGCAAUAAAACCUUAAUACAGAAACCAAUAAACCCCAUAUAUUGCAAGGCAAAAUGCAAAGCCUCCUCAUUUAACAUGUACUUGGUCUGCAACUACAAGGCAUUUCUAGCAAGGUUGAUGGUAUUUUGAUGGUCUGGGAAUUUCAAAAAGCUGAUUCUUUCUUUUGUCCAAAUUAACAGUUAACCAGGCUUCUGGCCUAUUAUGUUCAUGCUCUGUGCUGUUCUUGCUUUAAAUUGAUAAUCUUUCUCCUUUCUCCAAGGAGACAAUGACAGAUUAGAUAGAUAGAUAGAUAGAUAGAUAGAUAGAUAGAUAGAUAGAUAGAUAGAUAGAUAGAUAGCAUAUAAAUUUGAUGAAUGAAUAGCUCUUCAGUGUCUUGAGCAACUUGCAGAUGGGCAGCCUCAGUGGAUUCAUUCGUUCCUUUUUUCUCUGAUUUAUUUAAAAUAUUUAUGUAGCCAUCCGUGUUAUGAAAAAUUUUGGCCAGGUCCCAAUCUAAUUUACUUAAAAACCACCUAGAGUUAUUUCUACAUAUAAUAAGCGUGAGGUAUUUAUCUUUAUUGGUUAAGAAUAUGUAUGUCGCACCCCAACUCAUAGUGAUUCCACACGAUUUACAGCAAUAAAACCUGAAUACAGAAGCCAAUAGACCCCAUACAUGGCAAAACGCAGAGCCCCCAUGGUUAACAUUUACUUGCCCUAUAAAUACAGGGCACUUCAACCAAGAUUGAUGGUCUGUGAGUCCCAAAAAGGUGAUUCUUGCUUUUGUUCAAUUUAGAACAAAAGGCUUCCUUACUAUCCAACCAUUGGGAACCCCAUAUUAAUACAACAUAUCUUAUGUGUGGGCAGAAUUUGAAAACAACGUUUAAUAUGGCAGAGUACUUGAGUAAAACUUAUCAAUGUAUCAAAUUGUUGUAUUUUACUCCCAAUUUCAUUUUAAUUUGUUUUUAGAGGGGUUUUUUUAUUAAUAAUUGAUGUUUGGAAUGCUGUAUUCUGAUAUGGCCUAUGGGCUAAUCAAUAAAGUAUUAAAACCAAAUGCAUAGAAACAAAAA